CGAUCAUAUACUACCCCACGUUUGGCAUCCACGCCUUUUCGUUCAGCUUAAUUCCCAACUUCGUCGUCGUGGCAGGCUCAUGUACCACUCGCACGCCAAAAAGUCCGCACUUCCUUAAACAUACCGAUAUCGUUCAAAAAUGCCUCGAAUACUGCUAUUUCUAGCCGUGCUGGUCCCGAUCUGCGGGCUGCUAUACGUCGUUGCUCCCCAAUUUGAGUUGCUCAAGUCUGUCGCGAGCUUCCCGCUUUCCUGGCCAUUCGCGACCCAUCCUGAAGCACAGUUGCAACAACCUCACGAAAAUGCGGCGCAGCAGCCUCUGCGCGCUGGCGCUGGAAUGCGCUACCGCCCGAGCGACGUGAACGUUAACGAUGUCCAUGCCGCGCCAGGGCAAUACACACGUCGCAUAGUUGCGGUGGGCGACCUCCAUGGAGACAUGCAGAACGCACAGACGGUCUUGAAAAUGGCGGGUGUGGUAGAUGCGGAGGGAAAUUGGAGCGGCUACGUAGACUUCUUCGUGCAGACUGGUGACAUUAUUGAUCGAGGAGAUGAUACCAUCAAGCUGUACAAUUGGAUGGAAAAGCUGCGUGAGCAAGCCCAUGCCGCCGGAGGCACGGUUCUGUCGCUCUUGGGCAACCACGAAUGGAUGAACGUGAUAGGUGAUUGGAGAUACGUCUACCCUUCCGAGAUCGACACCUUCGGCUCGGUCGCCGCGCGUCAGCAAAUGCUCUCCAAGGGGUCCAUCGGCAAAAGCUGGGCAACAAACUACACCACAGCUAGCCGCCUCCCUCUGCAUCCCUCGCUCGGGCCUCCCAACGCCGACUACGACCCUUCCUCUCCCUCCGCUUUCUCACCACUCUCGCACGCCGCGAUCUCUUUCGUGCAUGGCGGGCUCGCGCAGAGCUACCCUGACCUGACGCCCUUCCCCUCGCGCAUCAACUCGCUGGGCGCGUCCCUCCUGCAUAAACUGCAGGCGCGCCAGCCACCGCCACCACAUCCGCCGCACGCGUACCCCGGCCUGCCUGAGGACGCGACGGAGGCGGAGAAGAGGUUGUAUGGAACCGAUGGCCCGCUAUGGUACCGCGGAUGGGCAUUGGAGCCGGAGGAUGUGGCCUGUGCAAAGGUGGACAAGGUGUUGAAGGAGACGGGCACGAGGAGGAUGAUCAUGGGGCAUACGCCAGACUUUGAGAAAAUUGUAUCGAGAUGCAACGGCAAGAUCAUCAUCAUUGAUACCGGAAUCUCGCACGCCUACGGAGGAGCUCUGUCCGCUCUGGCUAUCAACUAUACGCUGCUCCGAUCUGAGAGUGGCGAGUGGCGCGAGCGUGAAGUUAUCGCUGCCCUGUACGCAGACAAGCAUGAAUUCCUGGCAAUCGAUGAGCGGAACAUCCAGGGCGACUUUGGAGGGUUAUGAGCGAGAGGAUCUCCUUGGGACUGAUUAGAAUUUUAAAGGCUGGUUGUUACGGAUAACUUAUUCAUCUGGAGGAAACAUGUAGAAGUAUCGCAAUUCCGCUUUGUGAGGUUAUAGCAAGCACUUUUGUGCGCUUAUGUGUUCGACGCAAUGACGUUGACAUUCAAUGUAGAGCGUCGAAUAACUACAUCAAGGUCGUCAAACAUAAGAGAGGAUAUGCUCAAUGCUUUAAACAACUCCUUUCACGUCGAGCUCGCAUGCCUGUCCUGCAUUCCAUAGUAAUGAAGCUAUGCAUUCCCUUGAAACUCGCAUUAC